UGUAGUUUCUAUGACAUCGCCAUCUACACAGCUUACACAACAUCAUCAGCUUGCCCACCCAAUGGCCGAGCCAUUGGCAACCCUAGUAUCAUGUGACAACCAUUGACAGCCGAAAGAAUAAAGGGAAAAUGAUAACAUUGGGAAAAGAUAUAUCGAACACCCAGUAUCGUAUUUUGGAUCAUCGUGUUUUUGUAAAUGGAGAAAUAGAAACUUUUCUCAACAAUUUCGAAACACAACGCAACGAUUCAGAAGUGGAAUCUUUGUUCAAAGUAACCGAGACAGUAGGUGCCUUGAAAUACGAUCUAUCCGAUAAAUGUAUUAGCUUGGGAGCGGCACAUUUAGGUAAUAUUGCCGGUGAAUUAAAGACCAUAUUGGGAGAAGUGGAAACUUUGGUUGAAAAUUUACAGGUACCAAAGGAGGUGAGUGCUGAAAUACUAGAGUCUCGAGCACAGCGAACCAAACGCAAAGAAGAUUUUGAUUUGGAACUGAAACACAACUACCAAAGAGUUGAAAAUUCAUUUGCAGUUAAAGAGGAAGAAAUAUCAGAAUUGUAUUCCGAUUUGCAGCUCAAGCUUAAACUGAAGUGAUAAAAAACUCAAACACACAUUUUACAAUGGGCACUAUAGAUA